ACAAGGUCCUAUGUCCUUCCUUCCCCAUGCAAAGUUUGUGGCUAAUCUGUUGACAAAUUGAAUCCUCCACCACCCACUUCUUAUCCCACAGCCGCCGUCCACGCCGUCGCCAAACGAAUCCCUCCUCCGCCGCACAACUAAAACACAUUUCCACACAGAGUAGAUAGAGAGAGAGAACUAAUGGCGAUAUUCUCAUCAUUAUUGAGCUUCCUGUACCCGCCGCCUCCGUCUCUGUACCUCGCGGCGAUGUCCGCCAUAAACUUCUUCGCGCUGAGCAACGCCGGAUUGAAGGAGACGAGAGGGAAGCACAUGAACUACUCGAAGUUUUACAGAUCUAGAUCCGGCCAGAAAUCGCCGGCCAGAAUCUCGAGCAGAACAGGGAUGGCGAUUUUCUACGCUCCCGCUUUCCUUGCCGGCGCGGCUUCGUUUUGGAUCUUCCCCGUUGCAGAUUUCAGGUUCCGUUUGGUAUCUGCUGCUCUUACCAUCCAUUUCUUCAAACGACUCCUCGAGGUAAUGUUUCUUCACAAAUAUAGUGGCAGUGUUGAUGUGGAGACAACAAUUACCAUAUCCCUUAGUUACUUCACAGGCACUGCAAACAUGAUCUACUCUCAGCACCUAGUCCGCGGAUUUCCAGACCCAAGAGUCGACCUGAAAAUCUUCGGGCUCGUGAUCUUUCUCCUCGGCAUAACGGGUAAUUUCUACCACCACUACCUUCUUUCUGUGUUGAGAAGAAACGAUGGCGAGAAGCAGUAUAAAAUACCCCAAGGUGGGUUGUUUGGUCUUGUGGUGUGCCCGCAUUACCUUUUUGAGGUUUUGGGGUUUGUCGGGAUUGCUUGCAUUUCUCAGACAUUGUACGCGUCUGUUUUUGCUUUGGGUACGUGUUUUUAUCUGAUGGGGAGGAGUGUUGCCACUAGGAGAUGGUAUUUGUCCAAGUUUGAAAACUUCCCCAAGGGUAGGAAGGCAAUGAUUCCUUUUCUCUUUUAGCUCUUUGGGAUCAUUGUGCUGUGUAUAAAUCUGUUUUGACACUAUGUGUUUCAAGACAUGUCUAGGUGGCCGAGUUAAUAAGUGUUUGUGAAACAUAAGAUGUCAAACUUUGGUGUGAUUGUAGUACGGUUCUUAAUUAUGCUAGUUGUGUGCUAAAUGUAUUUUUUAAAAGAAAAAUUUGUACCAUCUUUUGGCAUCUUGGAUGUUGCCAUGUCUGAAAUUGUCACGUGUGCCGUUAUACUCUUUUUUCAACUCCGGAGAUUGAAGUGUAUGUUUCCAUGACUUUGGCAAUAGUAUUG